GGCAGAUCGGUAGUCCAUGCCCCGGCUUCCCGACUUCCCGGCUCUGUGGCGCCCGGACGGUUCCCAGGUCUACCGCUUCUUUCGAGGGCGCAGACGAGGAGAGAUCGGCAGGCUCCGAGGCCGACUGGGUCUGGAACGCCCGGAAGACCCCCGCGUGGAUGCGACUUGGCAUUGGGAUCCUGGGUCUCCGGCGAUCCGGAGUGUGGGAGCGCCGCGGAGGCUCUGUGUUACCCCGGGUGUCAGCGGUUGCGGGAGGCAAGUUUGCCGGGGACAGAGUCUCGGCCACCAUGGCCCCCACGCUGAAGCAGGCGUACGGCAGGCGCUGGUGGAUGGCUUGCACCGCUGUGCUGGAGAACCUCUUCUUCUCCGCGGUGCUCUUGGGCUGGGCCUCCCUGCUGAUCAUGCUCAAGAAGGAAGGCUUCUAUUCCAGUCUGUGCCCAGCCGAGAACAGGACCAACACCACCCAAGAUGAACCGCACCAGUGGCCAAGCUGUGACCAGCAGGACAAGAUGCUCAAUCUGGGUUUCACCAUUGGCUCCUUCCUGCUAAGCGCUACCACACUGCCUUUGGGGAUUCUCAUGGACCGUUUCGGGCCCCGGCCCCUGCGCUUGGUGGGCAGUGCCUGCUUUGCCGCAUCCUGCACCCUUAUGGCUUUGGCCUCUCGGGACACUAAUGUUCUGUCUCCGUUGAUAUUCCUGGCACUAUCCUUGAACGGGUUUGCUGGCAUCUGCCUAACGUUUACCUCACUCACUCUGCCCAACAUGUUCGGGAACUUGCGCUCCACAUUCAUGGCCCUCAUGAUUGGUUCCUAUGCGUCUUCGGCCAUCACGUUCCCUGGAAUCAAGCUGAUCUACGAUGCUGGAGUGUCCUUCAUGGUCAUCAUGUUCACUUGGUCUGGCCUGGCCUGUCUUAUCUUUCUGAACUGUGCUCUCAACUGGCCCGCAGAAGCCUUUCCUGCCCCCGAGGAAGUUGAUUACACGAAGAAGAUCAAACUCAUUGGGCUAGCCUUGGACCAUAAGGUCACAGGUGACCGCUUCUACACCCAUGUAACCAUUGUGGGCCAGCGGCUGAGUCAGAAGGCCCCCAGCCUGGAGGAGGGGGCUGAUGCCUUUAUUUCAUCCCAGGAUAUCUCUGGAACUUCAGAAAAACAUCGUGAGAAGUCUGUUCCCUUUCGCAAGAGCCUCUGCUCCCCCAUUUUCCUGUGGAGCCUCGUCACCAUGUGUAUGACCCAGCUGCGCGUCAUAUUCUACAUGGCUGCCAUGAACAAGAUACUCGAGUUCCUCGUGACUGGUGGCCGGGAGCAUGAGCAGAAUGAGCAAAGACAAAAGGUGGAAGAGACAGUUGAGUUCUACUCCUCCAUCUUCGGAGUCAUGCAGCUGCUGUGUCUUCUCACCUGCCCCCUCAUUGGCUACAUCAUGGACUGGCGCAUCAAGGACUGCGUGGAUGAUCCGACCGAGGGCGCCCUGCAUGAGGGUGCUUCCUCCGGAGAUCCCAGGGAUGGGACCACCACCAAGUUCACCAGACCACGCUACCGAAAGAUCCAAAAGCUCACCAAUGCCAUCAAUGCCUUCACUCUGACCAACAUUCUGCUUGUGGGCUUUGGUGUCAUCUGCCUCAUCAGCAACCUACACCUGCAGUUGGUGGCCUUUGUCCUGCACACCGUAGUUCGUGGUUUCUUCCACUCAGCCUGCGGAGGUCUCUAUGCUGCCGUGUUCCCAUCCAAUCACUUCGGGACACUGACAGGCCUUCAGUCCCUCAUCAGUGCCGUGUUCGCUCUGCUGCAGCAGCCGCUCUUCAUGGCCAUGGUGGGACCUCUGCAUGGAGACCCCUUCUGGGUGAAUCUGGGCCUCCUGAUCCUCUCGUUCCUGGGAUUCCUUCUGCCCUCCUACCUCUUCUACUACCGGUCCCGUCUCCAGAGACAGUAUACCGCCAGUUUACCAGACCCACAGAAGGUGCUCAAUGAUUCCAAGGUGGCUACAUAGACUCCUGAGGCUGAGGGACUUGGAGGACCGGCAACCAAGGCUUGAUAAAGCAAAGGGAAUGCCCCAGUGGCUUUCUGCCCGCAUCGUGUGAGUGGAGCCAAGGGGCCGUGGAUUUAUAAAUACUAAGAGAGUUCUAUUUUUGUAGGGCUUUGCAAAAAGGGAAACAAAACAAAAAACAGCUCUUAAAAAUAUUCUCCAAAGCAAGCUGUCUAUGAACGGAAGGCAGCAUCUAUUCCAGUGUUAUUGGGCCAUCUUUUUGGACUGGAGGAAACCAGAGUGGGGCGGGGGCUGUCCUUUCUCCACGUUUGUCCCAGGAGCCUCCGUGGUGCUGUCUCCUGAAGACUCACGGGAUCGGUGAACACACUAUCCUAAAAUUCAAGCUGCCAAGUGUGCACACAUCCCCCCUAUGCACACGCACAGGCAACCUCUCCUGCAGGAGAGACUGAAGCACUGGCUGUGUCCCGAUCGGGUGUGAAGGCUGGAGGGCGGGUUCCCUCCCAGGUGCUGUUUCUUACAGGUCUUAGAGGAAAUAAAAAGGGAAAUGAAA